GAAGAAGGAAAACACCGCACUUAAGCUACAUGGAUUUAAAUGACCAGACGCCAUCCAUAAAGUCAGAGGACACGCCAGCACCGUCCGUUAUGGUUCCACGGAGACAAACACACGCGUCGGAAACUGUGUUUUAACGGUUUUUUACGUCGGAUGGCCGCAAGUGAGCGUUGUUUUUACUGAGUAGCCGUGUUUAUGUCUUCUCGCUAGCUUAAGCCUAGCUUUAGCUGUUACGCGCAGACAAAUACCUUCUCUCUCCUGGAAAACAUAACUUGUCGUCGUCGCUAUUCUUCGUAUGUCGGACAGGAGGGAGCCGAACUGUGCGUGUUUAAUUGCUGUUGAAAAGCCUUCAGAGUUUAUUUUGGUCACUUUGACGUCAAGGCUGUUGUUCUUCACUGUCAACACAAGUUUAAGAAAAUAACAGAAGAAGUUACCGCUGUCCUGAAGCAUCCAGGGCUCGUAUGGGAAACAGCACAUUGUAUCCGAAGAAGUCACUCUCAGACAACCCAAGGGCAGAAAAUGGAUGUGAUGUGGACUUCAGUCAGCACACAGAAAACAGCGCAGAUACAUCGUAAAUAACACUGCCCUGUCAGCCGGUAGGCUCCACAACUUUUUCCCCUCUGCUGACAAGACACUUUGCAAACAGUAUCCUGUGUUUGGAUUGGGCUCAAGCGGAGGAAGUUUCUGGUUUUAUUUUUGAUUCAGCACAACCUGGUUUUGACUUUAUCUUAGACUAAGUUCUUCAGCUCAACAGUGAAGAAUGAAUGGCCUCUCCCUCAGCGAGCUCUGCUGCCUGUUCUGCUGCCCGCCGUGCCCCAGCCGCAUCGCAGCCAAGCUCGCCUUCCUGCCCCCCGAGCCCACGUACGCCUUUCUUCCGGACCCAGAGGCGGGCCCUGCUGCACAGGGGGUAACGGGCACAUCCAGCAUGCGGGCGCGGAGCGGCGCCUCAGUUGCUGGAGCCGGGGCCAUGGAGGGUAGAUGGAAGCUCCACCUGAUGGAGCGAGCAGAGUUUCAGUACUCGCAGAGAGAGCUGGACACGACGGAGGUGUUCCUCACUCGCUCCAGCCGAGGGAACAGGGUCGGCUGCAUGUACAUUCGCUGUGUUCCUAAUGCCAGAUUUACAGUACUCUUCUCCCACGGUAACGCGGUCGACCUGGGCCAGAUGAGCAGUUUCUACAUCGGCCUUGGCACCCGCAUCAACUGCAACAUCUUUUCCUACGACUACUCAGGCUACGGCGUCAGCACUGGCAAGCCCACUGAGAAGAACCUCUACUCAGACAUAGAUGCCGCCUGGCACGCCCUGCGCACACGGUAUGGCAUUAGCCCAGAGAAUAUUAUCCUGUAUGGACAGAGCAUUGGUACAGUACCCACUGUAGACUUGGCGUCACGGUAUGAGUGCGCUGCCGUGGUUCUUCACUCACCUCUAACAUCCGGCAUGAGAGUCGCCUUUCCUGACACAAAGAAGACGUACUGCUUCGACGCCUUCCCCAACAUCGAGAAAGUGUCCAAAAUCACGUCCCCGGUGCUCAUCAUCCACGGCACAGAGGACGAGGUGAUCGACUUCUCCCACGGCCUGGCUCUGUUCGAGCGCUGCCCCAAGGCUGUGGAGCCUCUCUGGGUGGAGGGGGCGGGACACAACGACAUUGAAUUGUACAGCCAGUAUCUGGAGCGCCUGCGCCGCUUCAUAGGACAGGAGCUGGCAGUGCAGCACGCCUGACCCGUCACCAGCAGGGCCAUCGUCAUCAAACAUCAUCAUUACCGUUUUUCCUGGCCCACUUAAAUCUUCAUCUCUCUGUCCCCAAGAGUCAUCUAAACCGUCCCUCAGCUCGCCGUGACGCUUCGCACACUGCGGUGCUUUGUUUUCGGGGGCGCGGCGUGACUUUAACGGACCGUGGAUUGAUGCGACACGGAGAAAAGAAGCGUGCUCAGAAGCAGCAGAAGUGCGUGAGUGUGAGAGACUUCAUCACAAACUGCUUUUAGCAUUUUUUAGCAGUUAUUUUAACAGUACAGCUGCCGUGUGUUAGCAGCUAAUAAACUCCUUUACUGUGCAAUAAUACAGGCGGUGUCCAGAGGAAAACGGACUGUAACUGAGAAGAUCUAACAGAACAACAAACUGAGAAGUAAUCAUGUAAUCUGUGACGUUGUGGUCCACGUGGAAAAUGUCCAGCCGACGAGUUUGUGUGUAACUUUAAUGUCCGCCGUUAACCCAAGUGAAAAGGAUAAUGAUGCAGCAUGGGAAGCACGUCAGAGGACUCUGCAGUGCUUCUGACGUGUGCUGGGGAAUAGUUUGGUUCUCUAAUAACCUAUUAAACAGGUUUGUAAGUAAAUUCUCUACAUUGAAUGCAAUCGAAUGCAAUCCAGCCCAACAGUAAAUCCCGUUCAGAGGGGUUGAUGUAGCUGUAUUCCCGUUUCUUAGCGAUUGGUUUUGUUGCAUUGGACUGCAUUAUUUUGAAAGGUGUUUUUAAUAUCCUUCCCCCCCAUGUAUGCACAUGACACACACAAAAAAAGGCAGGACGCGUGUAAACCAUGAUUGUAACAGAAUGUGAUAUCACGCUAAUCCUUUUUGACAUAUACUUAGCAACGUGUUUCAAACAUGUUGGGAUAGGAGCAAGAAGAGACUGGGACAGCUGUGGAAUGAUCCAAACACACCUGUUUGGAGCAUUCCACAGGUGAGCAGGUUCAUCGGUGACAGGUUGUGCUAUCAUGAUUGGGUAUGAAAGGAGCAUCCUGGAAACGGUGAAUCGGUGAACACAGUUCAUGUGUGAAUGACUGCAUUCUGUUUUUAUUCACGUUUUACUCAGCGUCCAGACUUUUUCGGAAUUGUGCAUACAAGGAGAUGAAUUUGAGUUUUGCGUGUUUCAUUUUGUUUUUCGCUGUACUUAACAUUUUACUCAGGUAACCCUCUUUUAGACAUUAGGGUCAGUGUGUUCCACCUUUGUUUGUGUCUUGUGAGCUAAACCUCCUCAGAUCCUUUGAGCAAAGAUUUCUGACAACAGCCAGAGUGAGAUCUUUUUUUUUUAUCCGUAAUUUCAACCACGUAACGAACCAGACUAUGAUCCUGAAACUGAGGUACAGACCAAACCGUGAGCAUUGCGCCCGCGACGUUCUCUGUCUCGUUCCACUUGAGUUUCCUUCAUUUCUUCAGUCUUCUCUGCGCCACAUCUGCGGCCCGGUCGUGGAGUGGGAUUAGCCGUGUUAAAGAAGGAGAGAAGUGCGAGAGCCUCGCAAAGCAAAUACCUCCAGCUCCCUCGUUUAAUGGAACGUCUGAGAGCCUGUUAGCCCUGUCCGCUUUGUUUUAGUUUUGUUCGUCUUGUUUAUGUCUCACACCAGUAGGUCACAGCUGUCAGCACAGUUCCUGUUUCCCUCAGUGUCUGGAACAGAGAAGCAACACUAAAAUUAAACAGGCCUCGGUUUUCUACCUCCGGCCUGUUUUUAUCUCGCCGUGUCUUUAAUGCCGCCUGACAGCCAUCCUGCUCACUCGCACUCCAUCUUGACCAUUUUGUCAAUUUGAGAAGUGAAUUGAAACUUCCCUUUGGAAUCGAGUAUUUUACGAUGGUUGGCAAAUAGAAUUGCUAGUCGAUUUUGGCAUUUUAAUGAUCGAUGAGCUUCACAUUCUGGUGACUGAAAAUCAUUCCCACCUUUUUUUAUACGUGUAAGCACAAGAACAUGUUUUAUCACAGUAUAAUGCAGCACUAUGCGCCCUUAUUUCCCUGCUUUAACAGUAAGGAGCUCCUCUGAGGGACUCACACUUGACCAUUUAAUAUCCGACAGGUGUGAAUUAAAAAAAAAAAAAGUCAUCUUAAAAACAAAAAAACAACGUUUCGGCACUUUUAUUGUCGACCACGUUGACAAUGCUAUUCCACUACUGUUCUGUGCUACAGGUAAAAAUAGACAGCUGAUAAACUGUGUGUGGGUGAAGCCUCUUUCCUCUCUGGUUUACAGUCUUUAUGAGAACUGCCUAUAACAUUUCUACGUCUAUGCACACACGUCCCACAUAAUAGUUAAGUAUUUUUACAUAUUUUAGGCUCGACUUCUUGGUAACUCUGUUGAUUUGAUACACAGAAUUGAGUGUAACGGUGGUACAUUACCUUUUCUAGCUGCUGGUGUGACAAUAUAGAACACUCUCGAACAUGCUUUAUUGAGUUACAGUUGUUUUUGUGCAGUUUAAGGGAAAUAUCACUAACCAUUAUACAGUAAAUUGCCCCAUUGUGCUGCAGUUGUCGUCUUAUUCUUGUGACAAUAUUGUAAUAAGCCUACACAAAGAGCUGCUGGCAGAUUCAAUCAGCCGGCCGUCCUGCUCAAGUCGUUUUGGGUUGACUCAGAAGAUAAAUUGUAAUCCUUCCGUUUUUACUGCCUGUUUUAGAUUCAGUGCACUCCAUCGUGACAGGAUCCCUUCCUUCUCUCUCUUAAUGGUCUGUUUUACAACCAGACACGAGGUGAAACAUCUUAAAGGUGCAACACUCACCGAGCCACACAAGUGUUUCAUCUUACGGAGUUGAUUUAUGUGAGCGCUGCGCCUUUAAACGUCCGAGUUGAAAGCUGAUAUUGUGACUGUUUUUGUGUGUGAAGAGAAGUCAGGAUUUUCAGGUUUUCUUGUGUAUUUAUGAACCAAAGUGUAACUCCUUUUGUAGCUCUUCACCCAGCGUACCUGCUGUUUAUGUUAUCUUCUUAACCAAAGGCAAAAAUGGAAAUUUCAUUUCCCUUUGUUCACUUUUUAUUUAUCUGUGUGAUUGGUCUGAUCUUUUCCCCACUCCCACUUUAAAUUUGGAUGCAAAUGAAAUGCAAAUUAGGCAGAUUGCUAAAUAAUUAUGUUUUAUCAUAUCAUGUUUGAUUUCAAAUCUGCAGCAUAACAGCAAAAAUUACAAACUUGUGGGUGUUGUUUUUCAAGCUGUUAAAAUGUAUGAUUUGUGGAGGAGUACAACCAAGCAAUACAGCAAAGCCCUGAGUUUGUGUUCGGCAAAAAGAAACGUGUGGGAUGAAAGAAGACAGAAGACCUUCUGUUUUUGUCUUUAAUUCAGUUGUGUGGAUUUCUGGUGUUACACAUCUGUGGGUAUCAUUUUGGUCAUCACACGUUGUUAUCCGCUGUUUAUUAUGAUGACUCGUUUUUAGUUUUUAAAGAUUUUGUCUUUUUUCCAUGAUUAAAGAGAAUAAGAAGUUAAUAAAACAUGAUUAGAAACUGA